AUGAUUCUAAUGGGAAGAAGAAGCAAGGAUCCAUGGAGUAAGGAGGCUUGCUACAUUUGGGAACUUAUGGCUACGGCUCUUAAUCACAUGGUCCUACAGGGAAUCAUAAAGGAAGAGCAAGUAGAUACUUUUAACGUCCCUCAGUAUGCUCCAUCCCCAUUUGAAGUAAAAUUGGAGGUUCUUAAAGAAGAAUCAUUCAUCAUCAAUAGCUUGUGCAUGAGGGCUGUGGCAGAGCCUCUGCUGGUUAGCCACUUUGGUGAAGCUAUAAUUGAAGAGAUCGCAAUUAACUAA